CAGCUGUUUGGACUCUCUCCUGGGACGUCCGGGCAGAGCGUAGCUUUCAAAAUCCUAACCUCCCGCAGCCUGCUGCUGCUAUUUCACGGUGAACGCGUCCAUGUCGAAGUACAAGAUAUCUGGAAACAAAGCCUCAAGUGACAAUGGCAAAACUGAGGAGCGGGGAGGAAGAAGUUGUGUGCGUUAUAAGUGUGGUUUACUCAGCACCAUACAAGAUGUCCUCCAACAAAGAACGAACUGGGUUGAAGUAAAAGAUGAUGGAGAGUGGGACUUCAACUGGUGUGAUGUGGGUUGGCUUAGGGAGAAUUUUGACCACACGUACAUGGAGGAGCACGUCAGGAUAAAUCACUUUCGCAACCAUUAUGAGCUGACACGUAAAAACCUUAUGGUGAAAAACCUCAAGAGGUACCAGAAAAAUCUUGAAAAGGAAGUUGGCCGCGCGGAAGCCUCUAAAUGUGACUUUUUCCCCUGCACCUUUGCUCUGCCCAGCGAGUAUCAUCUCUUUGUAGAGGAAUUCAAUCGAAGCCCGGGCAGCAUCUGGAUCAUGAAGCCGGUGGCAAAAUCUCAGGGCAAAGGGAUUUUCCUGUUCAGGAAACUAAAAGACGUUAUAGAAUGGAAGAAAGAACGCGCAGAGGAGCAGAAGGAUUCAGCACAUGUGGAAAACUACGUGUCACAGAGAUACAUAGAGAACCCUUACCUGAUUAAUGGUAGGAAAUUUGAUCUGAGAGUUUAUGUCCUGGUCACAUCAUAUGUCCCUUUAAAAGCAUGGUUGUACAGAGAUGGUUUUGCUCGCUUCUCAAGCACUCGUUUUUCCCUCAGCAGCAUCGACGAUAAGUACAUGCACCUCACUAAUGUGUCUGUUCAAAAAACAGCUCCUGACUAUGACCCUGAAAAGGGAUGCAAAUGGCAGAUGCAACAGCUUCGAAGAUACCUGACUGCCAAGCACGGUAGAGAGGUGAUCGAAACCCUCUUUAAAGAGAUGGACAACAUUUUUAUCCGAAGCCUGCAGAGUGUCCAAAAGGUCAUUAUAAAUGACAAACACUGCUUUGAGCUCUAUGGUUACGACAUACUGCUGGAUCAGAACCUCAAACCGUGGUUAAUUGAGGUGAAUGCAUCUCCAUCACACACGCCCAGCAGCCAGGAGGAUUAUGGGAUGAAGUACCGACUGCUGGAGGACACUUUGAACGUCGUCGAUAUGGAGGGAAGACUGACUGGCGAGGAGAAAAGAGUGGGAGGCUAUGAUCUCAUGUGGAACAAUGGACCUGUCUAUAGAGAGGACUCUGGCCUACAAACAUGCGGCAGUUUAUGUUUCACUGCCAACACAUACUUGGGAUGUGUGAAUGACAGAGAAAAGCAGCUCCGCCAUCUUUUUAAACCGUUCCCUUUUCAGAAGAAGUUGUAAUUGUGUCCAGGAUCAGAUUUUCUUUUGUGGGGCUUUUUUCACAAUUGUGGUAAAAGACACUGUUCUGUGGGCCUAAAUAAAUGUUUUUUUUGUUUGUUUUUUUUUUAUGUAAAAACAGGUUUAAAUCCUGUUUUCACAGGAGGCAGGAGGGUUUGAUAGCCAGAAGUUGCCAUAAAUUGUUUUUUAGAAUUACAACAUCUGAAAAGUGUUUUCAAUCCCAGUUUACUGAUAGCUCCAGGGCAACUAAGUGGCUUCAGAAUCCACCUGUGUCCCAUUAAAUCUUGGUACAAAUCCAGCGUUUCUUUGAAGGUCUCAGGUUUGUUAUAGGACAUUAGUAAGCACAGCACCAUGAAGACCAAGGGGCACAACAGGCAGUUCAGAAAUAAAGUUGUGAGGAAGUUUAGAGCAGGGUUAGGCAAUAAAACAAUAUUGAAGGCGUUGAAUACCUCAGUCCACUGAUCGAGCCAUCAUCCGGACCUAAAGAAGUAUGACAAAACUGCAAAGACAUGUACCAGUGGAGUUUAUUACUGCAAGAAAAUGACCAAAGCUAGAGAGGCAAGGCUUUUUCCCCAACAGCAAUGAUUUGCAGUCUGCCGUAUGCAAUGUAGGGGACACAGACGUGGUCAGAUGAGACCAAAUUUAUAACUGUUAGGCAUAUUACGCAAAGCCCAAUGUGUAGCUGAAACGCUGCACUGUAUGUAAACGUUUGUUGUCCUCUCCGCUAUGUUCUCCUUUUGUUUUAGCAUUUUCAGCCUAACAGUGUGAAAAGGAAAUUGUUCUUAAUGUUUUCCCUGGUGAAAUAAAGGUUUUAUUAUUAUUA